UGUGCCGUGAGUUGAAAACUGUCUUUUUGUGAUGAUAGUGGUGUCACUCACAUGUUCACUUCUAGUUGCAUUAAUGAUCUUCUCCCCACAUAUCAUUCCAGCUCUUUCACUUCUGUUAUGGACAUAUACUACUAUUCGGCCAUGAAGGAGUGGAGGCGUUUCCCCAAGAGAGAGGUGGUUGGGCUGAGCUGGGGGCUCCUGGCUCUGCUUUGUAGGAUGAAUGGAAUGGUGAGAGGCAGAGAUAUUGCCAAGUUGCUGCUGCUGCUGCAAACUCCAACUAGUGAGAAGGCAGACGCUUCCAGUACAGGGGCAGGAAACACCAGCCUCGUUAUGCUGCUCAUAGCUGGCAAGGCUAAGGAGGCUCUAGAUCUGGCUGUGAGCCAGGGUCUAUGGCACCAUGCCCUCCUCUUGGAGACCUUCAGUAGGAAAGUAGCACCUACCUGGGUAAUGAAAAGAUUCGUUAGUAGUCUCAACAACGAUCCGCUGAAGACUUACUAUCAGGUCCGGAUGGGUGAAAUCCCUUCAGUUGCCUCUGCAAAUGACAAUGAGAGCUGGGGAGAGUGGCAUCUCCAUCUUGCUGCUGUUCUAGUGAACUCGUCCUGCUUCUCUCAUUGCCAAGAGACUGUUUUGAAGAUGAAAGAAACCUUGGCAUCAAAAGGAAUGGUCCAAGCGGCCCACUUUUGUGGAAUGGUGCAGCAGUUGGAGCCUGAGCACCUGAACACAAUUUCUCUUAGCCGGUUUGCAGCAACGUGGUUUGGGAAUCUGGGCAAGCUGUAUUGGGGGCUUUACCCUGAGGGCACAAAGAAUACAGCACUGGCCUCAGCACAGGACCCUGUGGUACUCCCAUCUGAUUUAGAGAUGGAGACUGCUGAAGAAAAACUCUGUUUACUUCCAGUCGAUGCAGGGGAGUUGGGCCAGAUGCCCUCCUCCAAUGUGUCUAAAGCAUUGAUAACCGAAGGCCAGUCAGAGCUCGAAGGGAAUAACAACAAUGGAUCUAAGGAGACAAAACCGAAAUCCAAGAAGAAAUCCUGGUUCAGCUGCUUCAGCUGUUUUGGGAAAAGGAAGAGGGAGUAGGUCUGCUUUCAGCAACCUUUAGCCUGGUAAAGAAUUUGUGCCUUUUGUGUUGAUACAUAUCAUAUUCAUCUGCAUUAUACCAGAACUUAACACACUUUGUUUGCUUCUUUCCCUUCCCCCAGGUUGAUUAGUUGACUUCUGCAUGAAAAAAAGAAUGUACGAAUAAAAAAUUCUUCAAAUACA